UGAGAAAAAAAUAUUUUAUUUAUUGUUUAAAUUUAGUCCACAGAAUGUGAUUUAUCACAUCCGUGGACUGUAACCGCUUCACUUUUUUUGUUUCAUUAUUUUAUAUUUUAUGCACCAAACAAGAAAUUAGCUACUUAAGCUAUAUUUUUGAUCAAGUACACAUUUAGUACACACUUCUCAAAAAUUUAAAGUUAAAAUUUAAUUUUCAUAUUUAUUUAAUUGCAAGUUUAAUGCCUGUAACCAGAGAAAUAGUCACAUCUGUGGACAGAAAAGAAAGUGCCAAUAAAUUCUCCCAGGUGGCAGUAUCAAACUGUAUUGGUUGAAGGAUCAACUCUCAAGAAGCCAUUUUGUUCAGUGGAACAGAAACAGAAGCUUGCUUUGAGAUUUCUGUGACUUUAUUUAAAGUUUUUGUCCUUGAUUUACAGAGAGUAAAGAUCAGCUCAUCACAUCUGUGGCUCAUACAGAUUUAAAAUAACCAGAGUCAAAAUGGAGGAAGCUCAAACAAAAAAGAAAAAAAAAAGAAAAACCUAAAAUUAAAUCUGAGAAAGAAAUACAGAGAAGAAGAGAGGUGAAAAAACUAAGUAUGAGGCGUGCAAGAGAGAAAUUGAAAGCUGAUCCUGAGAAAUAUGAGGAGGUUAAAAGGAAAGAUAAGGAAAGAAAAAAGUCAUCAAGAAAAAAAAUUUGUGAAAUGAGUGAUCGUGAGAAGAGAAAGAUACGGAAAGGCUGGCGUGAGCGUGCUAAAAAACACAGAGAAAAGAUAAAAGAAAUAGAACAGGCACUGUUAAUUGUCGGGACACCUCCUCAAAGCCCUCAACAUCACGAUGUGCCUGAAAACACCCCAUCUCAUUCCAGAGUUGCUAGUGGCUAUAAAAAAAGGAAGCAAAACAGAGAAUUAAUGAAAAUAGAACUAGAUAAACUUAAAGAACAGAAUAUGAAGUUGAAGAGACAAAGGGACAAGUACAAACAAAAGUACUUCAGAGCAGUAUCAAAGAAAGAUGAUACUCCAAAGAAAGAUGUAAAAAAAAUGCUGAGUGGUAAAAAAGUUCCUGAGAUAAUUCGUCAAAACCUUGAGUUUGGAGCAGUGCUGAAAAAACAAAUUAAUGAAAACUUCAAGAAAGAGGUGGUUUUGAGUAAGAAAAGAACCUUAGUAAGUAUGAUAACAGGUAAAAUCAUUAAGAAGUACAGAUUUAUGAAAAAGAUUUCUCUUUUGACUUCUAAAAACCUGUUGAAACCAAAAGUUGGCUUACAAAAAAGGAAAUUACAUCAGAAAGUAAAACUUCAAAAUUUAAUUAUCAGUUUUCUUGAAAAUGAUGAUAAUAGCCGGCUAUGUCCGGGCAAAAAAGACACAAUAACAAAGAGGAAACAGAAAAAACAAAAGAGACUAUUAUCUGACUCUCUGAAGAACUUACACCAAAAAUUCACCGACACAUUUCCAGAACACAAAGAUCUUAGCUACCCACAAUUUUGUCGAGGACGUCCAUUUUAGAUUGUUUCACCAAAUUGUCAUAAGCGAAAUACAUGCAAUUGUAAUUUGUGUGACAAUUUUGGGUUGGUUGUGAAAAAAAUGAAGUUAUUAGGAAUGAUUGAAGAAAGAUCGCCUAAUGAAAUACUUCAACGAAUAACCUGUGAAAAAAAACUCGAUUUCAAAUGCUUAGAGAAA